UCCAACAUGCAGGAUUAUUUUUAACUCCGACGUCGCGUCAGUAACUUACGUAAUCCUCCCUACUUGUCAUCAUGGACGCCAAACUCCUCCAAUCUCUCGCCGGUGCAGGUUCUCAACCUCCCAAAGAAAAGGGCGAUGUCUCCCUCCUUGAAUUCCUCGACCUUCAACAACUAAACUGCCUCAACGAAUCGUCAGAGUAUUCCCUCAAAAAUCUCUUAGCAUCAAAGUCGAUCAACACAGCUAGCAACAUGUGGCUACAGAGUGACGCAGAUGAACAGUUGUUACUGAACAUUACCUUUAACCAAACCGUCCGUGUAAAAACACUCAUCAUCAGAUCCAACGACCUCGCCAAAGCACCCAAACAAAUCAAGCUCGCUGUAAAUCGCCCCAAUCUCGGUUUUGAAGACGUAGAAGACGCGGAUGAACCUGGAGUGGCCCAGAUUAUUGAUCUGUCCGAAGAUCAUGUGUUGAAGGGGGAUCCGAUAGCGUUACGGUAUGUGAGGUUCCAAGCGGUUAAUACUCUACAUAUAUUUGUCGUCAAUAAUCAUGGUAAUGAAGAUGAAACUGUGAUAAACGCGAUCGACGUGAUUGGGUUGCCUGUAGAGACUACGAAAGAUCUAAGCGGAUUGAAACCAAAGGAGCAGUAGAAUGCGUUGUAAUAUAUCGAUGGAAUUUGCAAUAGCUGUCAAAUGGACAUGCACGAAUGUCAUUUUUUGAGGCUCUCGCGAACUCAAAAAAGCCGAUCUUUGUUAAA